AUGUCAUCAGAAUUCCCCAUAAUUCAAAUCAAAAAUUUAUCAUAUACAACAACAAACAAACAAAUCUUUGAAUUCUUCAGUCAAUUCGGUACGAUAUAUCAAAUAAGAUCAAAUUCAAAGCAACAAGGUACAAUUUUUAUAAUUUAUUCAAAUUUACAACAAGCUAAAUUAGCAAUAAAACAAUCAAAUGGAGUUAAUUUAAAUGGUAGAUAUUUAAUUAGUUCUUUAUUUGUUGUUGAUCAAUCUAAAAUUUAUGAGGAAGGGAUGAAGUUGAGAAAUGAGCAAUUGGUUGAAUUAAAGAGGAUUUAUAAUAUUGAUUGA